CGCUGGUUGAAUCUGCCGAAAUUGGAGAUCAGACAGAAAUUUGUGAUUUUUAAACGAACAGGUCGCGAUCGAGACGGCAAAUGUAGGGGUAGCUGUUCCCUUUUUACUGAUUUAAGAUGGGGAAUUAUCGUCAAGGGCGUGUUAGUUUAUGUCAAAUCAUAGCCGUUGUUUUUAUGUGUCGCGUCACAGUGGCUUGUGCGGCAGUUCCCGACGAACUUGAAGGUCUUGCCGGGCACGUUCUUCGGGCUUCAGAAAACAUCCCAGCUAAAGAUGACAAUGGCCUUACAAAAAUUUCGGAUUCCGUGUCCUUUUUGCAGCCGGUGGAGGACGACGUGGUAAGAAUCCUGCAUUUUUUUUAUGUGAUGGUCGAUUUAUAAGCUUACAGAAGAUGCCGAUGUUGCUUAAAACAUACCAGUUAAGCCUAAUUUUUUAUUUAAUGUCACAUGGAAAAUUAAAAAUAUUUUCUCUAACACGUCAUUAUGGACGAUUUGUAGUUAACGGCCCAAAUUGAGCUCACAAAAGAAGAGCUCUUGUUAGUAAAUGCGAGUAAGUAGCUUAUGAGUUAACAAGGGGAGUUUUAUUUGAAUAGCUUCCUUCUUAAUUCUACCAAAGACCGCAUUAAUUGCAGAAAAUGAACUAAUAUAAUCACUAUUAACCAGCUCCAAUUAAACGAAAUCGUUUUGAACGUUAAACAAACAUUGCUAUCUCUGAUGGCACUGUUUUCCGGCCAGUCAACUAGCAUGAUAGUUUUUUCAUGUUGUUUUUCAGUGGUUCAAACGAUGGGUGCUUUCCUAUGGGUUGGUCUCUUGCUUUCCUUGGAAAUAAAAUAAUAUAUUUCUAAAUCACAGUCUGGGCCCAGUUGUUCAAAUGCUGACUAGCGCUAUCCACCAGAUAAAUCACUAUCCAAAAAAGUAUUACAAAAUCAAUUGCGCUAUCUGCUGGAUAGUGAUUUAUCCGGUGGUUAGCGCAAUCCAGCUUUUGAGCAACUAGGGCCUGAUCUAUUGAAUCCACUCUGGACAGGAAUUGGGCUAUUGCAUUUAAUAUCUGUACCCCCAAUUGUGUACCAAUGGAACUCUUUGGGGGUAGGUUAUAAAAAUUGAGGAUUUCUUAAUGGGUAGAGUAAAAAAAUAUGGGAUUAUUUCAGGGGUGAAGCAUUAAUUUUAAUGAAAUUCUUCAGGGGCAGAAACCAUGUUCUUCAGGGGUAGACCCAUAUUCUUCAUGGUUAGACCCAUAUUUUAUGGAAGUUUUUAGGGGUAAAUUCAAUUUUAUUUAAUCUUCAGGGGUAAGAAUAAAAAGUAAGUCGUCAACGAGGGAGUUAUGGCUAUAAAAAUAAAAUUGCAAUAGCCCAUUCUUUGAGUAACUGACUUCAGUGAUCCAAUAGUGGAUCUGGGCAACUUCAGAAUACCUGGCCACAAAUGUACGUGUUAAAUGUACUGCUAUCGCGAUCCACAGUCUGCAGCCAGUAAAAAAAAAAAGGUUGUGUAAAUAGGCAGCAAAUUUGAAAUUGAGUUAGUGUAAAUGUAUUGCUGCCAUGGUCUACAGUACAGUAGUGAAUUUAACAUUGAGUAAGUGUAUAAAUGUACUGCUACUGCGGUCCGCAGUCCCGAAGUCACUGAAUAUUAAGUUUAGUAGUAUGACUGCUUUAUUUUAAACUGGCUCAGUUGGGAUUGGUGGAUUAUUAAGAACAAAGUACAUUUCAUGUAUAAUGUGCUUGCAAGCCCCAGAUAUGUUGAUACCAUUUCCAGGGAUCAUGUUAUGUCCUCUUCCCUUUCCAGUCACCAUCAGCUGUCAGCUGGCAUAUUUAUUUAGCAUUUUAAACAACCACAACAUCUUUAUUAACCCGGUUGCAUUAUCGUUUUCAGGAUGCUGUCUUCCAAGGUUCUAUAUCAAAAGAAACAACAAAAGCAUCUCGCCGGGCAUCAAGUAUCUUUAGCUUUGACUUUUUACAUGGUUUUGUAGCUGCGUUAUCUGUCAUAAUUGUAUCAGAGCUAGGCGACAAAACAUUCUUUAUUGCGGCAAUAAUGUCAAUGAGACAUUCCAGGUUGGUAGUUUUCACUGGAGCCAUGGGAGCACUGGGUCUCAUGACCGUCCUUUCAGCAGUUCUGGGUUUUGCAACAACUGUAAUUCCACGAAAAUACACACUGUAUGUAUCAACGGCUCUGUUUGUCUUUUUCGGUCUUAAAAUGUUAAAGGAAGGAUAUGAAAUGGAUCCCAAUGAAGGGCAGGAGGAAUUAGAAGAAGUUCAAGCGGAACUUAAAAAGAAAGAGGCUGAGGUUAGUAUUGUCACCUGCAUAAAACUGGUAUGGUAACUUAAAUAGUUUUCACUGCCUGGUGCAUUAAUUUUAGCCUGUGCUACUUGCGGGUAGUAUUAAUCACGUAGGGUUUCUGUUUUCUUAAAUUACAAAAUUCAAAUUCAUGAAAUUAUGGGAUUAGUUGGCAUAUUCAGAGAAAACAAGAAGAAAGAGCCCUCUUGCCAAAAAUCGCCCUUUUUAGUGCAAAUUUGUCGUUUAGAUAGAUAUAAGCACCGGUUUGCUCUGAUGACUCCAUACAAAUCCUUCAAAAAUUGGCUUGGAUCAUAAUGGUAACAUUCCCGGCCUAUUUUAGAAGGAUUUAUAUGGAGUCAUCAGAGCAUAACUUUGCUUACCGGUAUAUCUCAUCACCAGUGACAGGCUGAUUUUUCCAAGUAAACAUUUUUCAUCUUGUUCUUUCUGGAUAUGUAAGUAAGUGAGUACAGUCGACUCCUGAUAAUUCGAACCUUCAAGGGAAAUAGACAAAAAGUUCGAGUUAUCGGGAGUUUGAGUCACCAAGGGUAAGAUUAUAUAGAAAAUAAUUCGAAGGGAAAUGAAAAUUGCUUCCAGUUAGCAGGAGGUACGAGUUAUAGAGGGUUCGAGUUACUGGGAGUUGAUUGUAACCUUAUUUAAUCAGGGUAGCCUGUUCAGCAAUGAGGCUGGUAUCCAUAGGGGCUCUGAGAAAUAAAAAAGUAUACUAUUUAAAAAUUCCUUAGGUAUGUACAUGAUAAAAUUAAACAAUAAUACAGUAGAAAAUCAAGCUAGGUCAAUAUAAAGAGUGUGUGCUAAGAGAUAAGGUAAAAUACUCGGUCAGCAUCUUUUUAAAACUAUUUAUUUAUUAUUAUUUACUAUUAUUUUUUUUGGAUAUAUUAUGUUACAUAAAGCUGUCUUUCUUUAUUUUAAGUUGGAAAAAGAGCAAUCUUCAACCAUCACUCAAGAUGUUGAGACUGGUGUUAUCCGAGGUGGAAAAAAGCAUGCAAAGUUUUUUGGUCUACUUUCACCCAUACUACUUCAAGCAUUUACACUGACUUUCCUAGCAGAGUGGGGAGAUAGAUCACAGAUUGCAACUAUCCUGCUUGCAUCAAGAGAGGUAGGUUUUUGAGGGAGUUAAUAUCUGACCUUCCAGGAGAAGAGACAUUCUUGAGAUCUUUCUUAACUUUCUGUCUUUUCAACAUGCAAAGAAAGUAUUGUGUCUGUUGUACUUUAGACUGUUCACAGUCCUCUAUUUUUCUGUAAGAUCAUCGAGGUUGAGCGAUUUGCAUUACAGGCUGCCAUCAUCCAUGAGUGUCAAAACUACUUAGGGGGAGAGGGCGGUUUGGGAGGAGGCAAGAAAAAUAGAGGGACUGUAAUAACAUCACUGCAGCUCGCGUUCAGGAGGCGUGACAGGAAUUUCAUGCCUUUUACCAUUCAUUAAUUAAGAAACUCCGCUGGUGAUGAAAAACAUACCAGACACAUUUAGCAUCGAUUACGCGUGUUUACAAAUAUUUCCUUUCGAAACAGUGAUAUUUUAUAAUGUUCCUGGGCCAUUCCUCGAAAUAAAAUCGGCAAACACACACAAGAAAACAUUUCCCCUCCCCCCCACCCCCUCGGUACAUUUAAAAAUCAAGAUAGCCGUGAUGGUAAGACACGGUAUAUUGAAACGAUUUCACGAAAAAAUAGGGGACUGCGAACAGUCUAGUUGUACUUCAAUUUUGUUCAUGGUAGAAAUUGUCUUUGUACUGUUACAAUAAAACUGGUACAAAAUUAUUGAUCCAGUACAAAAUUUAUUAAAUGGGUCUCAUUAUACCUUUUUAAGAAAUAGUCAUAGUUUACAGAUAUCUAGGGUUAGGGUUCGGGUUUAAGCAUUCAUUUUACUGAUAAGGGUUAAGUACAGUCUUUCAGCACGUGUAGCCCUUUACAUGGUCAGAAGGGUUUGUAGUAGUUAUUAAAGUCAAAAUGUCUUGUUUUACUGACAGAAUGUUGUGGCAGUGAUAAUUGGAGGAACAUUAGGGCAUGGCUUAUGUACUGGUCUUGCUGUUGUUGGAGGAAGAUUAAUUGCCCAAAAAAUAUCUGUCAGAACAGGUAAGUUACCUUUUGAUUUUUUGUUCAAGAUUUUUAUUUUUCUAUUUAUUUGGUUUUUAAACACUUUGCAUAUAUUUAAGGAAAUUCUGAAAGACAAAACAAAACAAAAAAGAAGCAGUAACCAAAGCAGAGAUGAAAGUAAUUAAUGAGAAGCUUAAACAGGAAAACAAAAUUAUUAUUACAAAAGAGAGGUAGUGAGUCAGGUAAUGAAGCAAAAAAAUUUGUUUUGCCUUUUGGAAUCUUUUCAUCUUUGAUAGAAAGCAGGAAACAAAAAAUAAAGGAGAGUUCAUUCAACUAGUUGCCUUGUGUGAAGUGUUUGUUCCACUUCUGAAUUGAUUCUUUGCUGUGAAUUUCGAAGGAAGUUCCCCAAACAUUGAUCUACAUAAAUUUAAAUAAUUAUUAUUUCACUGCACCCAUGUUUGUUAUUAGACUUGCUUUUGAUUCUCUGACACCAAAAAAGACAAGAAAAUAUGUCUAGACCAAUCGGGUAAAAGUAUGAUAUAGUUCAUUUACACGGGCAUAAAAAUACGGCCUGUAAUACUGUUAUUAUGGCUUCAGUUACUAUUACUGUUUCUGUAGUGCUCUUGUAAACUGGCUUAAGUGUCUCCCUUAGGGCAGAUACAGUAGCUGUAUUAGCCCUUUAAGCCCUAAGAGUGAUCAGCAUCAAAUUUCUCCAUGUAAUAUCAAUGCUUUGUAUAACAGUGUGGUCAUGAGAAUUAAAGACAUAUGAUCACACAAGAUGAAUCUUGCUUGAUAUUUUAUUUAAACAUUUCCCCACUACUUCUGUAGGAAAUGAAUAGGGGCAACAAAUGAGAAUUCCAAUUUUUAUCUUAGGGUUUAAAGGGUUAAAUAGUCUAAGGCCACUUCCAGAAAGUUUGAUCAACCCAAAUCCUGGAUUAAAAUUUUAAUCAAUGAUUGCAUUAGGCUGAGGAAUGCCACCACUGGUUUCCCUGCACGAUGACAUCUGAGAAACAAGCCCAGCAUUCCCCUACUGAUGACGCGUCACUAGCCAGAUCUGGGUAGUGCUUCUGAUAGGCUGAAGCAAAUUUCCCAUACAGCAAGACCAAUCAGAAGCACUACCUGGGUCAUCAGUAUGGAAUUUCUGGGCUCAUAUCUCACAUGUCAUUUCGUGGGAAAACCAGUGUUGGUGUCAUAAAAUGUCAGCUGUUUUCUCAGGCUGUGAUUGUAUUUACUAGCCUUAGCAGAGCUGUCAUUAAGGGCUGGGGGCUGGCGAUUUUCCUCCAGCUUCCAUGAAUAUAUUCACCCCCAGCUACGUUCAUAGGAAAAUAGAAAAGAAAUGCAACCAAAAGAAAUCCCUAGCUGUUUGAUCCCCCCCCCUCCCCGCCUACUUGUUGUAUUUGCCUGGCAACUUGAAAUCUUAUUGACAGCCCUGCUUAGACUCAUUUUGGGUUAAUAAAACUGGAUCUUGUGGUAAAGGUGUGGCAAUAUUUGGAAUGUUCCAGUUACAUGCCCUUAGACAAGAAAUCAUUGCUUAAAAAUUAUGUGGCUUAACCUUAGGUGAAUCUUAACCUAAAAGUAACUGGGGCUUGUUCAAAAAUUAAUUUCAUAGAAUGCCAUGAUCUUUGAUGUUGUUCCGUAAUUUAGAAUGUUUUAUUUUAAGACACAAUGAUUUAUUUGUUUAUUUGUUUUUUCUCUUUUUCAGUUACCAUCAUUGGUGGAAUUGUGUUUUUAAUAUUUGCAUUAACAGCAUUCUUCAUUGAGUAAUGAGCCAAAAGUAUUGAGGACUGUACAGAUGAAUGAUACUGCUGCACAAUUUAAAUGAGCCUCCUGUUUCAGGAGGGUUAAAUUUGAUUAUAUUUCCUGGACAAUGUGGAUUUCCUAACCUGAUGGUCUGAUCAGCAUCAGUCAUGUUGACGUUGCUGCAGUCAAAUGCCUACUUAUGUACACCUGCUGUGGAUUGUAAAUGGCCGGAUAAAAGAACAUAAUCCAGAGAAACUUCUGCUGUGUUCAAACACUGCUGGGCAAUGAGUCAUUAAAUUAUCCACACAAUGUUGAAGAUUGCCAACAAAGGCCGAGUAAAGGAGGUCAUUAAGCAAAAGAAACCCUCGUCAAUAGGGACCUUCCUCCAUUUACAAUCCUCUCCUGGGAAUACUGAACAACUAAGUAACUCUAUCUCAUUCAUUUUGCAUCACUGAUGAAAUUCAAGCAAUUUGAACAAAAUGUUCAUUUGUUAUUUAAACAAUGCUUUGAAAAUUGGAAUUUUUUUUUCCUUUUAUGUUUUUUGCCAGAGCAAAAGAACAAUAUUUUUUUCGGUAUAACCAUUAUACACCAUCGCUCAUUGAGGUAUCCCUCUUGGUAUCAGAAAGUAAAAAAGUGUUAUUUAAUUAGCAUUGUGCAAUGAAAUAGGCCCCUGGAUUACUCGGAUACCUGGGACAGAAACCUUUUAAUUAUCACAAAUCUCUGUCAUCUUUUAAGACAAACCAUUUUAGAGGCCACUUCGCCAUAUACUUGAGUACCGGUAUAUGUGGGCUUAGUUGUAUUGAAAGGAGAAUAAGUUAUCUUUUAUGCCAGAAGCAGAUAGUAGUAGAUAUACCUAGUAGAUAGUAUUAAGAGUAACAGAGGUCUCUGUCAAGCCAAACUGAUGAUGAUAGAAUAAAGCUCUAAAUUAUCUGUUUUGAGAGUCAUUCUGCUUUGCUUGUCUCUUAAGCUUAUUUCUACAAUCCAAUUUGAAAAAAAAUGGGGCGUGU